AUUUCUAAACCGGAACUAUAUCAGAACAACUUCCGGUUGAAAGUUUGCGUACAUUUAAUUUAAUAUUUUUUAUUGAAUUCUGCAAGAAAACACAAGCAUUGAAAUAGUUAUAUGUAUAAAAGAGUGUAGAAAUGGCAACGCCUACAGAGGCUAAAAUUGGAUUUGCUACCUUGAGUGAUGGGAAAACAGCAGGGGAGAUCAUUCAGUUAAAGUUAACUCCAGAAGUUCUCAUCUUAUUGAGGGAAGAAUAUGUGCAAAGAGAAGUUGAUGCAGAAGAAAAUGGAAAUGAAUCAAUGUUGGAUUCUAAUAUGUUGCCACCUGGUGUGAUUUUGCCUCGAUUGGAGAAACAGUGGGUUGUUUAUUCAUCUAUACCACUGCUGUAUGCUUACCUUACUAGAUAUGUCGGUCAGACUGAUCAACUCAGGUUUCGUGGUGACAGAAUAAAAAUGAUGAAUAGAUUGUUACUUCCAGAAGAGCAAAUACAAUAUAUGGGUUGGACACAAGAAAGAGGUAGCCCAGGAAACAGCACUCAUGGUUGGAAGCCAAAGUUUGUGGCACUAAAAGGUCCAGAUAUUUACCUGUUUGAUAUACCCCCUAUGCAAAGUCGAGAUUGGAUGAGGUGUGAUACAGUCUUCCAAGUUUAUGAAUGUAUGUUCAAAAUUCUUCAGGACUCAGAAUUACUCGAUGACAAACAGCAUUGUUGUUCUAUUCAGACAAGCAGUAAAGAAACAAUAUACCUGACAUUAGAGAGUAGGUCAGAUCUACUUCAGCUAGAGAAAGCAUGGUAUAGAACCAAUCAUUCUGCUGUAACUAAAUUAAAGUCAAAAACAUUUGGUUGUGUUCACCAUGGACGUUUAUCAGGACUGACUCUAGAUAUUGAUGUUGGUUUCUCAUUGUAUGACAGUGAAACAAAGACAUAUUUAUGGACAUAUAAGUUCUCAAGAUUAAAAGGGUCGUCAGAUGAUGGAAAACAAACUUUAAAACUACAUUUUUCCUCUGAGAAAGAGGGUCAAACAGAAACUAGGAAAGUAGAAUGUUCCAGUCUCCAGUUAUUAUUAUAUUGUAUACAUUCAUUCCUGUCCGCCAAAUUAGCAUCCGUAGAUCCGUCCUUCUUAGCUAAUAUGUGAUGAAAUAUAAACACCAGACAUGUGUAACUAUUAUAUGUGAUUUAAUAAGUAAAAGUACAAUUAUAACUAAAAUGUUAACAUCUGUGCCAGGUGUUUGAUUUAAGUACAUACUUACCAUUUCUAACCUGUAACCCCCUAAAUUUUGAAAUGGAUUUGUUAUGAUUUGGAAUUUUGGACAGUCUAUUUAAAGAUAAUAGGU